AUGAUCGUUGUUCUUAUCUUCUAUGUCUUCAGAAAGCCUACAGACCAGAACAUGGCCGACUUGUUCCGGUCGAUGUUAGGAGGUUCGGGAGAUAAUCUAGUCGGGUCGGUCGUCGAAGCUGGCCAACACAGACUCAAUGUCACGAAAAAAGUGGCAGAAGGGGGCUUCGCGAUUGUUUAUAAGGCGACGAAUGAGAUGAGUGGACAGACAGUUGCGAUAAAGAGAUUGUUGUCCAGUGAUCCCGAGCGAAAGAAGGAAGUUAUCAGAGAAGCGGGACUUCUCAAAAAGAUGAACCACAAGAAUAUCGUCGGAUUUGUCACUGCUGCGCAAGUUGGCAAAAACGCUGCAGGAUAUGAUGAGCUCUUGGUUGUCAUGGAAUGGUGCCCCGUUCAAGUCACAGAUUUACUUAAAGACAGAGGAGGAUAUCUAGAUCGAAACGAAACUACAAAAGUCAUGUACCAAGCUGCAUCAGCUAUUGGCGCCCUUCACAAACUCAACCCGCCGCAUAUUCACAGAGAUAUCAAGGGAGAGAACCUUCUGCUAACUCAAGGUGGCAUCGUGAAAUUAUGCGACUUCGGCAGCGUAACGACUGAAACAUAUAUUCCAGACGACUCGUGGAAUCACAUGAAGCGUACACAAGUCGAAGAAGACAGUCAAAGAUGCACAACUCCUGCUUAUCGUGCUCCCGAAAUAUGUGAUUUAUAUUCAAACUUUCCGAUUGAUAAACGACAGGAUUUAUGGGCAAUGGGUUGUUUACUGGUGCUUCUAACAACAGGAAAGCAUCCUUUUGAACUCGGCGAAAAACUAGCAAUCAUCAAUGGACGGUACUCGCCUUCAACAAGACCUGAGCAUGCUCCUUUCUCGAGUAUAGUCAAGAAACUCCUGGUUUUGGACCCAAGAAAUCGUUGUGGAAACAUUCCAGACCUUAUGGAUACGUUGAGAGCCGUGGCGGAUAAUUGUAACAUCCAAGGAAGCGAUCCAAUAACACCAGUGCCGGCUCGAGCAGAAAGCCCUCCUAAGUUCUCGCCUUCUCCUUCUCCCGAUCAGCAGGGAAUGUCGAAUAGCUCAUCCUUUGGCGAGCAGGCUGGUUCGGCGCUCAACAAAGCUGCCAAAAUCGGCUCCGGUCUUUUCUCGAAACUCAAGUCAGGUAUUAACGACGCUGUGGGCAGUGCGGCUGAGUUCGCCGAGCAAAAAGGAUGGGACCACCAGUUACGAAAGAAUGGAAUCAAUAUCCCGCGAUCGGGACCAAAGCACUCUCAGGCUCCGCAGGAGUUCAAUCCAUACUCUGACUUCAACGAUCAUGAUCGUGGUAGAGACGAGCCGUCCUACCAGACGUUUGAUCCCGAUCCCGAGCCAGUAGUGUCAAAGCAGCCAGAGCCACAAGCUGCUCCGGCGCAAGCACCAGCACAGGACGCUAACUUUUUUGACACUCUUGAUUGGUCGUCAGCACCAAAACCGUCAGAGCCUGUCGCACAAGCAGCUCCAGCUCAGAGUGCACCGGUCGCUGAUCUUCUUGGAGGAAUGAAUUCUGCUCCUUCUCAACCUGCAUCGCAACCAGCUGCUUCAACGGCCGAUAAAAACUAUGAUCCCUUUUCUCAAUGGGAGCAAAGGACUCCAACGAACAACAAUACGCCCAAUGCCUUUGAUCCUAUGGCCCCAGCCCCUCAGAAAAAAGAUGACGGACCAGAUCUUAUGGGCGACUGGAGCGCCUCAAAUAUUCUAUCAAGCAGCGCUGGUGCAAGCCGAGCAAACUUUUCGAACAUGCAGCAAUCUCAGCAACAAAGUCAACAAUCUUACGAUCCAUUUGCCAACUUAACUUCCAUGGGUAGCUCUCUUCCAAAGCCUUCGAUGAACCAAAUGAAUGGAUCAAACAACAUGGCUGCUGGAUUUCAACCCACUCGUCCACAACAACAGCAGCAACAACAGCAAUAUAGACAACCACAACAGCAGCAGCAGUCAGCAGGAAUGGCUGGCGGUGCUUGGGGAGCCACAUUCCAAACAAGACCAGCAGCAAAUCCCGGACAGGCUUCAGGCGGGUGGAAUCCGAAUGCGUACAUGCAGACGAACGUAAAUGCUUACAAACAGCAACAAACCAAAGCACAACAGCCUCCUUCUGCCCAAACAAAUGGUCAAGCUUCUGGUGCCAAGAAGGGUGGCGCUUUUGACGACCUGCUUUCUGGCUUCGGCAAUAUUGGUCAAAAAUCGGCGGAAAAGAAUAGGAAAAUGGGCGACAUGAAGCGCGAGACUGAAAACAAAUAUCGAGAUCCAAUCGAUGUGAAAGUAGAGACUUGGGCCAAGGGCAAAGAGGCAAAUGUAAGAGCAUUAAUUGCCUCGCUUCAAGAUGUCCUCUGGGAGGGCAACACUUGGAAGCCAAUCUCUGUCGGCGAAAUUUUACAGCCUGUCGCUGUAAAGAAAUCGUAUCGACGAGCCUGUCUCGUCGUGCACCCGGAUAAGCACACAGGCGGAGAGCACGAGAAACUCGCCAGAGCUAUUUUUAUGCAACUAUCUGAGUCGUAUACGAAGUUCGAAGAGAACCCCUCGAUGUAA